AUGUUUGGGACAAGGCAAAGUCACGCUGCGCUGCGGAAGCGGACGCUGUGCUGUGCCGAGAUGACCGAAUGGGACCUUGACCUAAUGGAACUGGAAUCAGUACUGCAAGCUGCGCACACAGCAUGGGGUCGCCUGUUUGAAGCCCAUGCCACGCAAAAGCUUGGCACCAAGUAUUCUCCGGUGCUCGAGGCCUUUUCGGUAGACAUGGGCAAAAAAGGUCAGAUAGACUUCCUCGGUGUAGCAGAUGGAUAUGAAGCUUGGGAAGACUUUGCCAAGGACCACAUGACGCACAUGCACAACAGCACCUGCGCAACACUACACGCACCACAUUUCCUGAUUGCAGAAAUCGGGCUAACAACCCAAACCUUGGUGAAAAAAAUCAAAGACAAUGCAACAUCCCUCAGAUUGAUGGAGACGUUCGUCAGCACCAUGCGAUCCAAGAACUUUAGUGCCGCAAAAUGCUUGGUUUAUGACGGGGCGGAUGCAGAAGACUUCACAAAGACCAACUUGGCAAGGCAAUUCUUGGACGAAGGGGGAAUCUUGAUCAAUAUUCCGUACCUAUCGGCAGAGACAGUCCUGGCAAAAUUGAAUGAAACCUGA